GAGGGCGUGGGGCCGUGGUGCCCUGGAUGGGGGAGGGCGUCCCGCUGUGCGACUCCGGUCGGUGCCUGAGGUCCCCAAGUGCGCGCGCCACUGAUCGCGCCCGGGGUUGCCGUGGGUUUGUUUGCGCUGUGUGUGUGUGUGUGUGUGUGUCCGUCCACGUAGGGGCAGAGUGGUUGUGCAUUACAUGUGUGUGUCAGUGCCUGGGGAUGAGUCUCUUGUGUGUCUGUUUGGACAGUGUGUGCGCAUAGGGGUUUGCUAUGUGCGCGCAGAUCUGGAGGCUCCAAAGAAGAAGAAACCAAGGCCCAGAGAGGCCCAGGUGCAGGGAGCAGGCGAGGGAAGGAUCCGUACAGGGGCCCAACACCACUCCACCAACUGAAGCCCCCAAAAGGAGCCCGGUGAUGCUGCGCAGGCUGUGAACAGGGGAGGCGGCACUGUGGGGGCUGCCGGCAGCCGGGGCUGGGGAGAGACAUGUGGACACGUGGCCUCUAUGGCUCCCGCCUGCCAGAUCCUCCGCUGGGCCCUCGCCCUGGGGCUGGGCCUCAUGUUCGAGGUCACGCACGCCUUCCGGUCUCAAGAUGAGUUCCUGUCCAGUCUGGAGAGCUAUGAGAUCGCCUUCCCCACCCGCGUGGACCACAACGGGGCACUGCUGGCCUUCUCGCCACCUCCUCCCCGGAGGCAGCGCCGGGGCACGGGGGCCACAGCCGAGUCCCGCCUCUUCUACAAAGUGGCCGCGCCCAGCACCCACUUCCUGCUGAACCUGACCCGCAGCUCCCGUCUACUGGCAGGGCACGUCUCCGUGGAGUACUGGACACGGGAGGGCCUGGCCUGGCAGAGGGCUGCCCGGCCCCACUGCCUCUACGCUGGUCACCUGCAGGGCCAGGCCAGCAGCUCCCAUGUGGCCAUCAGCACCUGUGGAGGCCUGCACGGCCUGAUUGUGGCAGACGACGAAGAGUACCUGAUUGAGCCCCUGCACGGUGGGCCCAAGGGUUCUCCGGGCCCGGAGGAAAGUGGACCACAUGUGGUGUACAAGCGUUCCUCUCUGCGUCACCCCCACCUGGACACAGCCUGUGGAGUGAGAGAUGAGAAACCGUGGAAAGGGCGGCCAUGGUGGCUGCGGACCUUGAAGCCACCGCCUGCCAGGCCCCUGGGGAAUGAAACAGAGCGUGGCCAGCCAGGCCUGAAGCGAUCGGUCAGCCGAGAGCGCUACGUGGAGACCCUGGUGGUGGCUGACAAGAUGAUGGUGGCCUAUCACGGGCGCCGGGAUGUGGAGCAGUACGUGCUGGCCAUCAUGAACAUUGUUGCCAAACUUUUCCAGGACUCAAGUCUGGGAAGCACCGUUAACAUCCUCGUAACUCGCCUCAUCCUGCUCACGGAGGACCAGCCCACUCUGGAGAUCACCCACCAUGCCGGGAAGUCCCUGGACAGCUUCUGUAAGUGGCAGAAAUCCAUCGUGAACCACAGCGGCCAUGGCAAUGCCAUUCCAGAGAACGGUGUGGCUAACCAUGACACAGCAGUGCUCAUCACACGCUAUGACAUCUGCAUCUACAAGAACAAACCCUGCGGCACACUAGGCCUGGCCCCGGUGGGCGGAAUGUGUGAGCGCGAGAGAAGCUGCAGCGUCAAUGAGGACAUUGGCCUGGCCACAGCGUUCACCAUUGCCCAUGAGAUCGGGCACACAUUCGGCAUGAACCAUGACGGCGUGGGAAACAGCUGUGGGGCCCGUGGUCAGGACCCAGCCAAGCUCAUGGCUGCCCACAUUACAAUGAAGACUAACCCAUUCGUGUGGUCAUCCUGCAGCCGUGACUACAUCACCAGCUUUCUAGACUCGGGCCUGGGGCUCUGCCUGAACAACCGGCCCCCCAGACAGGACUUUGUGUACCCAACAGUGGCGCCGGGCCAAGCCUACGAUGCAGAUGAGCAAUGCCGCUUUCAGCAUGGAGUCAAAUCGCGUCAGUGUAAAUACGGGGAGGUCUGCAGCGAGCUGUGGUGUCUGAGCAAGAGCAACCGGUGCAUCACCAACAGCAUCCCGGCCGCCGAGGGCACGCUGUGCCAGACGCACACCAUCGACAAGGGGUGGUGCUACAAGCGGGUCUGUGUCCCCUUUGGGUCCCGCCCAGAGGGCGUGGACGGAGCCUGGGGGCCUUGGACUCCGUGGGGCGACUGCAGCCGGACCUGUGGCGGCGGCGUGUCCUCUUCUAGCCGUCACUGCGACAGCCCCAGGCCAACCAUCGGGGGCAAGUACUGUCUGGGUGAGAGAAGGCGACACCGCUCCUGCAACACGGAUGACUGUCCCCCUGGCUCCCAGGACUUCAGAGAAGUGCAGUGUUCUGAAUUUGACAGCAUCCCUUUCCGUGGGAAAUUCUACACGUGGAAAACGUACCGGGGAGGGGGCGUGAAGGCCUGCUCGCUCACGUGCCUAGCAGAAGGCUUCAACUUCUACACGGAGAGGGCGGCAGCCGUGGUGGACGGGACACCCUGCCGUCCAGACACAGUGGACAUUUGCGUCAGUGGCGAAUGCAAGCACGUGGGCUGCGACCGAGUCCUGGGCUCCGACCUGCGGGAGGACAAGUGCCGAGUGUGUGGUGGUGACGGCAGUGCCUGCGAGACCAUCGAGGGCGUCUUCAGCCCAGCCUCACCUGGGGCAGGGUACGAGGAUGUCGUCUGGAUUCCCAAAGGCUCUGUCCACAUCUUCAUCCAGGAUCUGAACCUCUCUCUCAGUCACUUGGCCCUGAAGGGAGACCAGGAGUCCCUGCUGCUGGAGGGGCUGCCCGGGACCCCGCAGCCCCACCGCCUGCCCCUGGCUGGGACCACCUUUCAGCUGCGACAGGGGCCAGACCAGGUCCAGAGCCUCGAAGCCCUGGGACCGAUUAAUGCAUCUCUUAUCGUCAUGGUGCUGGCCCGGACCGAGCUGCCCGCCCUCCGCUACCGCUUCAAUGCCCCCAUCGCCCGUGACUCGCUGCCCCCCUACUCCUGGCACUAUGCGCCCUGGACCAAGUGCUCGGCCCAGUGUGCAGGCGGUAGCCAGGUGCAGGCGGUGGAGUGCCGCAACCAGUUGGACAGCUCCGCGGUCGCCCCCCACUACUGCAGUGCCCACAGCAAGCUGCCCAAAAGGCAGCGCGCCUGCAACACGGAGCCUUGUCCGCCAGACUGGGUUGUAGGUAACUGGUCGCUGUGCAGCCGCAGCUGCGAUGCAGGCGUGCGCAGCCGCUCGGUCGUGUGCCAGCGCCGCGUCUCUGCCGCGGAGGAGAAGGCGCUGGACGACAGCGCAUGCCCGCAGCCGCGCCCACCUGUGCUGGAGGCCUGCCACGGCCCCACUUGCCCUCCUGAGUGGGCGGCCCUCGACUGGUCUGAGGUUAGCUGUCCCCUCCUCACUUCGCACUGGGGAAGCACCCUGAGCACGAAACGCCCCUUCCAACUGCAGUGCACCCCCAGCUGCGGGCCGGGCCUCCGCCACCGCGUGGUCCUUUGCAAGAGCGCAGACCACCGCGCCACGCUGCCCCCGGCGCACUGCUCACCCGCCGCCAAGCCGCCGGCCACCAUGCGCUGCAACCUGCGCCGCUGUCCCCCGGCCCGCUGGGUGGCUGGCGAGUGGGGUGAGUGCUCUGCACAGUGCGGCGUCGGGCAGCGGCAGCGCUCCGUGCGCUGCACCAGCCACACGGGCCAGUCGUCGCACGAGUGCACGGAGGCCCUGCGGCCGCCCACCACGCAGCAGUGUGAGGCCAAGUGCGACAGCCCAACCCCCGGGGACGGCCCUGAAGAGUGCAAGGAUGUGAACAAGGUCGCCUACUGCCCCCUGGUGCUCAAAUUUCAGUUCUGCAGCCGAGCCUACUUCCGCCAGAUGUGCUGCAAAACCUGCCAGGGCCACUAGGGAGCGCGCGGCACCCGGAGCCACAGCUGGCGGGGUCUCCGCCGCCAGCCCUGCAGCGGGCCGGCCAGAGGGGGCCCCAGGGGGGCGGGAACUGGGAGGGAAGGGUGAGACGGAGCCGGAAGUUAUUUAUUGGGAAUCCCUGCAGGGCCCUGGCUGGGGGAUGGAGAGGGGCUGGCUGUCCCCCCAGGGCCCCUCUUCAGCAUCCCCCCCUUCCAGUUCACAUAGUGAGACCCCCUCCAGGGUGGGUCUGGGGAGGGGACAGCUGUUCACCCCAGCACCCUUUGCACCCACCCUUAGGGAGUCCUCAACACUCCCCCCCUCCUUUGAUCGGAAUAUGUACUGUGAAGAGUAGGGGUGGGGAGGGGGUCUGCCGGUGCCCUGCCCCCCAGCACUGCCCUACCCCUCCACUCCGAGCUGGGGGGGAGUCUGUGUCUGCUAUGGGAGAGGGGGGUAGCACCACCUCCCUGACACCCUCCCCUGACCUGACCAGGGGGAGGAUCCACCCCAACCUCUGCCCUGCCUGCCCCAGGGGCACCCCGACAUCCAGGCCACCCCCUCAUGGUGCUACAGACCCUGCCCUGGGGCCCACACACUCCUGCCAGGAAGCCCUACAUCAGUAAAGUUCUGUCUUGUGUAGAUUUCUACGAA